AUGGAUAUUCAUGUUCUUCAAAGCCAGCCCGCCCAGGAGGUCGGGUUUAAAGACUCUUCCACGGUUCGUGUGGGUAAUAAACUUGUUCGCAAUAAGCCACCCACCCAGCCCUCUGCUAUGCGACCCAAGCGUAAUUCAAACGCUGUAAAAAGUAAUGUACAGACUGCAAGUGAAGCGGGAGUUGUUGUUCCGCCCGCCCAACCCACGAGUUGUCAUUUGGUCCGCGGCGGGUUCCAGCCGUGCCUUCCGACUUCGCUGCCGCCCCCAGGGCAGCAGCAGCAGCCGUCGCCGCUACCACGCCGACAGCCCGUCCCGUUGCUGCCUCCCGCGCAGCUUCAUACGGGAGCGCCCCGGGUGGUCGCUCCGGCGCCUGCGGUCCCUCUUCAGUCGCCACCGCCUUCGGAGCUGAUGGACGUCGACCCCUCAGCCGGGCCGCCUUCCCAAGCGGUGGCUGUGCAGCCUGUACUGCAACCGCUUUCCUUGGGCACCCCCAUGGAGUCUGACACCGCAGCGCCUUGUCCGGCGCCCACUCAGCAGCCGUCGACGCAGCGUCAGGAGACGCUGCCUCUCUUCGUGGGUCCCGACGCCCCGUCGCGUCCAGUACCAGAAGCUGUGCCCGUGGUCACAGGCGUGCACCCUGACCUCGGUUUUCAGUCGGUGUUUCCCGAGGCCCCGCGCAGCCAAUGCUGGGGUGCGGACCGGGGACUGCCACCGACAACAGUCUCCGCCCCGGUGCCCCGCAAUGAACUUCUCCAACGAUCCACGAUGACCUCUCUCCCGCUAACGUGUGUGGAGGCGGCACGACAUGAUGUGAUGGGUGAUCAAAACCUGCUACCUCCUCGGGCCGCUGCGAGCUCCGUUGGAGAGUCAGCGCCAUCGACGACGCCGCAGCCAAACAAUGCAGAGGGUCCUGCAGCCUCUGCCCACCGCAGCGUCGUGGGCACCCAGCCGCCGUCACUGUCGGGAUCGGACACAGGGAUUCCUGGUGACCGCGACCAUGUGGAGCCCCACCCUCCAGUGGAUUUCGAAUCUCGGACCCGCAAGCAAAAAUAA